UUAGUGAUUCCUCUGAUGUCUGUGUUGUUAAUACAGCUGAUCCCUGUGUCCCAUACACCACCAGACACACCUCCCCACCCACACAGACGUGAAAAGUUUGGAUCAAGCUGCCGUCGCCGGGGUUUCAUCUCACUCUACUCAGGAGUGGAGAACUUUUGUGUCCCCAACAAUAUCAAAAUCAGACCUAACGGAUGCCUCAAGCGUGUCUUCAUCUUCUUCAAUUCUCUGUUUUUAAUCAUCGGAGGUUUGCUGUUCUAUGGUAUGGUGGAGUUUAGCGGCAGUGACGAGGCCUUUGAGAAUGGAGCGUCGGGCCUGGUCUGGUCUUGGGUGUUCGUCAUCGCCAUCAUUGCCAUCCCCUCCAUGGGAAUCUGUGCCGCCUGCGCUGAGAACUUAUUUGCACUAAAAACAUUUGCAGGUUUCAUGGGGACUGGAAUGAUCUUCAUGCUGAUAUGUGGCUUCUCUGUCGCCAUCGAAGGAAAUGAGGUGAAAGCAGCCUUUAACAGUGACUUCAGACAAUAUGCAAACGAAAUCAUGAAACACGAGGGUACAAGGAAGUUGCUCAAAAGCCUCCAGGAAUCUGACAAAUGCUGUGGGUUGAUGGGAGCUGAGGACUGGGGCUCUGACAUCCCACAGUCCUGUGCUUGCAAUGGCAGCUCAGAAUGCAAAUCCAGGCCUUAUGGAACUGGCCCGGACCAGGUCUACGCAAAGGGCUGCAAGGGGAUCAUCUUACAGUACAUAGACAUUGGCUUAAACGUCAUCAAGGGCAUAUUUUUUGGAUUUUCUGCCAUUGCACUGCUGAGUCUGCUGAUUUCCUACUCCAUGAUCCACCAGAUCAAACACCACGACAGCUCAGCAGGACAAUAUUCCAUGGCCAUGAAUGACGUCCAAACAGAAGCCCCGGGACCUUUAACAUCUGCACUGUUAGAGGCGGAACCAGCGGUCAAGGCGUGACCUCAUUAAUUAGCUUUAUUAGCUUUGCAGCGUUAAUGUGUGUGCGCCUGUAAAGUCUCUUAAAAAGUUUCUUCACUGAAACCAACACGGGAGCAUUUUUCAACUCAAUUAUAAGAAAGUGUUAGCAGCUAAGAGACUAAUGUAAAAAGGGUGAUGUCAUCAUGGUUUGUUAUGUCAAAGUUUAACUGGAUAUGUUAACAGACAUUUCAUUACAAAUCUUUAGCUUAGCAUUUUAGCUGAAAUUAACUAAAAAUGACGUGUUGAAGACUC